ACACAUCAACUGCAGCACCAUCAGCCAGAGCCGCGGCCAAUCGCGAGGCCGCUUUGGCGUGACGUCAGCGCAUUGUAUUCUAAAUUCAUAAAUCUUCUUGAUCUCUCGCGCCGUGUGCCGCACUCGCCGCGUCCUGAAUGUAAAGCGCGUCCUCCGCUCCUCUCUCCUCCCGUCCCGACCUCACCGAGCAGACACAGCCCAGCUGUCCGUCACGAGCGGCUCGCGAGGUUCGCGCUCUCCCGUCUCUAACGCCGAAUCCAUCGCGAGAGGGAGACGGUCGCCUUGGUAACCGCAGGAUCCGUCCAGCCUCAGCACCAGCUGCAGAGCGUCCGUCGGUCCUCCGGUGAUCCUCGCCGCUGCGAACGCCGCCAAACCGAACGUGAGACGCGAUCGCGGAGGCGUGAGAGCGCGCGGGCCCUCGACUCCAGAUGUUCCUCGGUCACGCAUCUGGAGCAGCAGCGUCCGCAGCGUUCUGAAGGACCGCGAGGUUUCUGACGCCGAGUCUCUCAGACGGACGGACGGACUGGAAGCAGACAGACGGAACGGAAUCAGCCGGGGAAACGGUUUUACGCGCCCGUCGUGAUUCGGGUUUUUCCUCGCCUGUGUGUGUUUGAUGGCGCCGGUGGGCUGCGGAACGGGCACCGGGUGUGAUGCGAGCGUUCCGGUGAACGGGAGAACAGCAGGGCUGCUGUGGAGCGGUGCUUCUUCGGAACGGAUUCACGAAGCGUUCGACGGAAUAAAGGCCACUUAUGGAAACUGGAGACCAGAAUUUUAGGAAAAAGGCAAGCGAGUGAUUUCACGUUUUAUUUUAUUUUAUUUUCUAACAGGCUCCCCGCUCUUCUCGUUAUCGGUCGCCGGGAUGGAUUGAUUUCACCGACGCGCCUCUGAACGAUUUUCUCCCCGAACUCUUUCUGAAUCCGUUCUGGGAAUAUUAGCUCUAUGGAUGCGCGAAUGCGAACGCUGGACCGGCAGCGGCUCGGAAACGGGAAGGAUUCGCCUUUUCACCGGCAGCCUUCCGUCUCACGCCCUCAAUAGACAGCUGGAUCGAGUGAAGAUGAGCGCGUUCCGUUCCCACUGAACGCUCGGAGAGUCGCUCCCGCCUCCAGACGUCUCCCCGACGUCUGCUUUACAUCUGCUAGACGUGUUCUUUCGAGCGUUUGCUCCUCAUCCGUGGCACGUUUCCUGUCAGAUGUCGAACAGACGUCUACUAGAUGUCUCUAGAUUUAGAAUGUAUGUGAAACUGAGAUCUUUCAGACGCCUGUCGGAUGUUUGCGCGCAGAGAUCUUUAACAGAUGUGCUAUCUGGGUCAAGUUCAUCUCUUGAUGAGCUGCAGUAGCAUGUAAGAGGCCUGCCGUUCGUCUUCCUUCUCGUUCGGUUCACAAACCCUCGAGGGCCCUCGCCCCGUUUCUUCUUAGUUCUUGUCCACUUAUAUCCACAAAUAUUUAUUUCCUAUACAUCAAGAGGAAAGGGGGCUCCCCUUUCGUAGAAUGCGGCAACAUGGGCGUAUUUGAGCGCGGCGUCCAGAUGCUCCUGACCACGGUGGGCGCCUUCGCCGCCUUCAGCCUGAUGACCAUCGCCGUGGGGACGGACUACUGGCUGUACUCGCGCGGGGUCUGCAAGAUAAAGACUACUAACGAGAACGAGACCAGCAAGAAGAACGAGGAGGUGAUGACCCAUUCUGGCCUGUGGAGGACCUGCUGUCUGGAAGGUAAUUUUAAAGGCAUGUGUAAACACAUCGAUCACUUUCCUGAAGACGCCGACUAUGAAGCCGAUGCAUCAGAGUAUUUCCUGCGAGCGGUCCGGGCCUCCAGUAUCUUCCCCAUCCUCAGUGUGAUCCUGCUCUUCAUGGGCGGUCUGUGUGUCGCCGCCAGCGAGUUCUACAAGGCCCGACACAACAUCAUCCUCAGCGCAGGGAUCUUCUUCGUUUCUGCAGGUCUGAGUAACAUCAUCGGGAUAAUCGUUUACAUAUCAGCCAACGCGGGCGACCCGUCCAAGAGCGACUCGAAGAAGAACAGUUACUCUUACGGCUGGAGCUUCUACUUCGGCGCGCUGUCCUUCAUCAUGGCGGAGAUGGUGGGCGUUCUGGCCGUUCACAUGUUCAUCGACCGGCACCGGGAGCUGCGCGUGGCUCGGGCUCGGACCGGCGCCGGAGGAGACUAUCUGCAGGGCUCGGCCAUCAGCAGGAUCCCCAGCUACCGGUACCGUUACCGGCGCCGCUCGCGCUCCUCCAGCCGCUCCACCGAGCCGUCGCACUCGCGUGACGCUUCGCCCGUGGGCCUCAAGGCCUUCGCCGCGCUGCCCUCCACCGACAUCUCCAUGUACGCCCUGAAGACGCCUCACGGCACGCCGCCGAUGUACAACUCCGAGAGAGAGCCGGACUUUCUUCAGGUGCACAACUGCGUCCAGAAAGACUCCAAAGACGCCAACCGCCGCACUACGCCCGUAUGAGGACGGCCGCCAAACCUCAAAUGCAUGGUUUUCUUAUCUUCCGUAAACUAACGCGUCUUCGGCCGCGGGGCGACGGCGUUCGGACCGAAAUCUCUUUUCUUCGUGUUCGUUUCAUUUUCGUUGCGCAUCAAUACUGUGAAUCUUCGUGGCCGCCGUGAAGGAGAUCCUGGAACCGGCCGCGGUGUGUAUGUCAUCAUAAACGUAUUACUGAUACAUGACUAUAUAUAAAUACAUGAAAUGAUACACACGUCGAUGUAUGAACAUCUGUUAAUAAACCACGCCUAGACUUCUUGAGUCAAGAGGACGCAAAAAAAAGAAAAGAAAAGUAAAUCAGAAGUCAAUAAAAUCAUCAUGAAUCAA